AUGGGUUUGGCUGGCGGCCGAUGUGUCACCUGGCGAAUUGGUGCCGCCCACUUUGCCAUAUCGGAGUCUCCCUUCUUCCAGCAGAAGACCGGACAAAAUGAUGAGGCUCAGUCCGUCCAAGAAAGACAAAUCGGCCAUUCUCUGGAGCACACUUCAGGCGGUGAAGAUGCUUCGAUGAUCCACGGACCGUACGAACCUCAGCACUCUGCCUCUGAUGGAGAAGACGAUGUUCAGCGAGGAACGAGAGAGGCGGUGGAACACAUGCUUAGCACCGAAGAUGCUGCUGGCGAGAUCCUAGAUGACAGUGCACCAAGCAGCUUCAGCAGCAGUGCAGAAGCCAGUGGUUCGCUGCAGAACAGAGCUAGUCUGUUGCCAGGAGUUUCCAGGAAUGCCGACCCGACUGCCAGCGGGCGCCGACUGGAGCCCGUGUCGAAUGCUGAAGCUUUGACAUUCGACCCAACACACGACGACUUACAGCAGGAAGAGGCAUCUAGUUUGGAAAGAACUCGAACUGUCCGUGCGCAGGAGCCAUUAGUCGAACGUGCGGACACCGAUCGUUCCGGCAUUCAGAGAUAUGAGACCCCCUUCACAGACCAUGGCAGCAGUGAACCCCAGGAAAGUUCAAGAUUACGGACUGUUCGGCCCCCAUCAUUCUUCCCAGGCCCUCAUUCAUUCCUUCCUGGCUCAAAACGAGUGGCAAAGGAUGUCCUCCCGCGCAGUGCCGAUCCUCCUAAAUCUCUACCGCCCCCGGCCCACCGCUGUCAGCUAUACGGGAGAGCUCUACUGUAUCGCCAGCUACAACAAAUACGAAGGGCAACCAAAAUAUUGCCACCGGAACCCUGGCCGCACGAAGGAGGAAACGCAAUGAGAUGGAAGGUGCAGAAGUGCACAUAA